GCCAUGGUUCCAUCUGGACCAGGCUUUGCAAUCGUGCCAGCAUUACCUUAAAGCAUGGCUCCCAGGCCAGACGGAAGCCAUGCGCUCAGCUCCGGGAUCUAUGCUUCGCUUCUUUACAGCACCCUCAUGGCCCUCAGCUGCCUCUUUUUCACCUUCCCAUGUAACUGGCUAGCUCUCCAUGUCUCCUGGACGAUUCCUGUCCUUUGUGGCCAAUUUCUGGUUGCAGCGGCUAUUUACUUCUGCCUCACCAGUUUCACAGACACAGGGAUUCUCCACAAAGGAAUUGACAAAGAGCUGAUGAACCAAGCCGUGACCAUGAAUGAUCCCAACCAGCACUGGUGCAAUAAAUGUCAGCUGUACUGCUUGCCACACACCCAUCAUUGUCACUGUUGCAACACCUGCGUGGAGGAAUUUGACCACCACUGUAUGUGGAUGAACAACUGCAUCGGUUCCAACAACCACUGCUUCUUUGUCCUCUUCCUGCUCUUCCUGAGCUGCUACGAUGUGGCCGUCCUGGUCUGCUGCCUCGUUUACCUGACCCUCAAUUGCCCGCAGGCUUUCAACGUGGAGAAGAUUUGCACGGUUCUGGUGACCAUCCCUGCCACCUUCUGCCUGGUGCCUCUGCUCAUCCUUCUCUUCAGCCAGAUUGGGAAACUCUUAGCUGCUCGUCACAAAGCCAUGUCUAAGCUUCCUUCUUCUACUGCUCCUCCUGCCCGGAACAGAUACUAUCCAAUUUCCAUCCAAAGGCGAUGUGAUGCAGCAAAGUACAAAGCAAAGCCAGCUCCGGCAGCUGCUGAAGCCCAAACCUGGGGAGCUCUGGACGUCUCUCAACGUCCUUCUGGGAUUUCUAGCUCCUGUCCCCACGGCCACGGCCUGCAGGAUCAUCCCAGCGAGCGGAAGAUGCUCAAGGCUUGGCGACACUUUCUGUCAACCGUAGGAGGCCUCUUGCCCCGGAGUCAGCACCGGAUGGGAGCCUGGGCAAGAAGGAGGUCUGACAAGGAAGAGGGUGCCAAGAAGAAGAAGAGCAAAUGGCAGCUGAACCCCAUGGAGCGGAGCGUGGAGAUCCCUAUCCCAGACAUGUUGGGCUCUGCAGAGCUUCAUGAUCCUGACCAAGACUCCCACUGGAAAUGCCAGAUCCACGAGAGCCUGAGAGGCCCUCCUUCGCCCACGGCCAUGCUCCUGUCCUCCUCCAACAUCUGAACAGCAUCUUGGAGACUGUCUUUGUUUCAUGCAACCGCUGUAGUAGUUUCCACUAGGUAAAGUGGGUUAAAAUAAAGUCCUGCAAAUCGGGUGCUUCCCA